GAAAUUAAAAGUGGAUCAAUGGCUACUGUGUGCAAUUUACCCUAUAAACAAUGAUAGGUUAGGUCAUCUCUUCACAACUCAUUAUAUCGUUCAACAACAACACAACUCUCUCUCUCUUUGAUUCAGCCUCUUCAAUAUCUCAUAACCUUUUUCUUCUUCGCCUCUCAGCUUUUGUUCAUCUUUCUUCCUUCCUUUUUGUUUUGUGUAUACCAACGAAUCAUGGCCACAGCAAGAAUGAAGAAGAUCUUCAGCUUCGUGAUUGUGAUAUUUACACUUCUCUUCGGUUGUUGUUCGGCCACCGUCUACAAAGUGGGAGACUCCGAUGGAUGGACUGCCAAGGACCACCUCUAUUACCAUUGGACCGAGGAUAAAGAGAUCCACGUGGGAGAUUCUUUGAUCUUCGAAUACGAUCACAACCUCAAUGACGUCACACAAGUCUCCGGUGGUUUGGAAUACGAAUUCUGCGACUCUUCUUUUCCUAAAGCCGUCUACAACACAGGACAUGAUGUCGUAACCUUCACGGAACCAGGGUCUUACUACUUCAUCACCUCAAACCAUACUCAAUGUACAUCGGGACAGAGGCUUGGCGUUUUUGUCGUCCAUGACCCGUCGAGUCCGAGUCCUCUACCACUACCGAGCAAGAUUAUUCCUUCUAGACAUGUCUACAAGGUUGGUGACUCCAAAAGUUGGGGCGUUUACGACAGUGAUUUCUAUUACAACUGGAGUAAAGAGAAACAGUUCAAUGUCGGAGACGGUCUCCUUUUCGAAUACAACAAUGAAGUCAACGGUGUCUACGAGAUCAGCGGUGACCUUGAAUUCUUAAACUGCGACCCGACUUCUCCAAUAGCCGUGCAUAAGACAGGCCACGAUAUCAUCAAGCUCACCAAACCAGGAAUCCAUUAUUUCAUUAGCUCAGAACCGGGUCACUGUGGGGCUGGUCUUAAGCUCCAAGUCGUGGUCGGAACAACACUCAAUGUUCCAAAGUUGUCACCUUUAGAGCGUCUCACAAGAAAUCGUUUGCAUAUUUGUGAUAGGUUUAUUAGUUGGGGGAUUCAGGUCCCUUCACUUUGCCUGCUCUGCAAUGCGCUUGAUGAGACAAGGCAGCAUGUGUUCUUUGAUUGUCCUUUCUCGCACGAGGUAUGGUCGUUUUUCUGCUCUAACGCACGUGUUACCCCUCCAAGGAUGUUUAAAGAUAGUGCAAGAUGGCUUAGACAUCCUUGCCGGGAUAAAAAGGUGGCUUUCAUUCUCAAAUUAGCGUACCAAGCCUCAGUUUACCAUAUUUGGCGAGAGAGAAAUAUUCGGCUCAACUCUAACAAAUCUUUCCCUUAG